AUGCGAGACAUUUAUAUUUCAACAAAUGGAACUGAUCUUAGUGAAAAAGAUAUAUUAAACAAUGAUAAUAUUAAGUCUCUCGACGAUGAUGAACCACUGUUACGUGAAAAUCCAUCACGUUAUGUUUUAUUUCCAAUAAAAUAUCAUGAUAUAUGGAAGUUUUAUAAAUGUGCAUUAGCAUCUAUAUGGACAUGUGAAGAAGUUGAUUUAGCUAAUGAUAUGAAACAUUGGUUAUGUUUAACAUCUGAUGAACAAUAUUUUAUUAAACAUAUCUUAGCAUUUUUUGCUGCUAGUGAUGGAAUUGUUGGAGAAAAUCUAAUAGAAAAAUUUUCAUCCGAAGUUCAAUUACCUGAAGCACGUUGUUUCUAUGGUUUUCAAAUAGCUAUUGAAAAUAUUCAUUCUGAAAUGUAUAGUUUAUUAAUUGAUACAUAUAUAACAGAUACACAUGAACGUGAUAUAUUAUUUAAUGCUAUUUCAACAUUACCUUUUGUUAAAAAGAAAGCAGAUUGGGCUAUUCGUUGGAUGAAUGAAAAAACUCCAUUUGCUGAACGUUUAGUUGCAUUUGCUUGUAUUGAAGGAAUAUUUUUUAGUGGAUCAUUUGCAUCCAUUUUUUGGUUACGUGAACGAGGUGUUAUGCCUGGUUUAACAUUUAGCAAUGAAUUAAUUAGUCGAGAUGAGGGUUUACAUACAGAUUUUGCUUGUUUAUUAUUUCAACAUAUUGUACAUAAACCAAGUGUUGAACGUAUCGAAGAAAUACUUCGUGAUGCUGUAAAUAUUGAAAUUGAAUUUCUUACUGAUGCUUUACCAUGUUCACUUGUUGGAAUGAAUGCUUCAGCAAUGGCACAAUAUAUUAAAUUUGUUGCUGAUCGUCUAUUAACUGAACUUGGUUGCUCAAAAAUUUAUCAUUGUGAUUGUCCAUUUGAUUUUAUGAAUAAUAUAUCAAUAAGUGGUAAAACAAAUUUUUUUGAAAAACGUGUUGGUGAUUAUCAACGAGCUGGUGUUAUGUCAUCAUCAACUGGACAUCAGUUAACGCUCGAUGCUGCAUUUUAA